CUGUACCAGCAAACAUUGCAGACCUGAGAAACAUUGAGGUGCUCAACUUUUUCAACAACCAGAUUGAGGAGCUGCCUACACAGAUCAGCAGCCUUCAGAAGCUCAAACACCUGAACCUUGGCAUGAACAGGUUAAACACCUUGCCAAGGGGAUUUGGCUCUUUACCAGCUCUAGAAGUUCUUGACUUGACUUACAACAAUUUAAAUGAAAAUUCCCUACCAGGAAACUUCUUCUAUCUGACCACCCUGCGUGCACUCUAUCUAAGUGACAACGAUUUUGAAAUCCUACCGCCAGAUAUUGGGAAGCUCACAAAGUUGCAGAUACUGAGUCUUAGAGACAAUGACCUGAUAUCACUGCCUAAAGAAAUUGGUGAGCUCACACAGCUUAAGGAACUACAUAUCCAGGGAAAUCGUCUUACUGUGCUGCCCCCAGAACUGGGUAAUUUGGAUUUGACUGGUCAAAAGCAAGUCUUCAAAGCAGAGAACAAUCCCUGGGUUACCCCUAUUGCUGACCAGUUCCAGCUGGGAGUCUCUCAUGUUUUUGAAUACAUUCGUUCAGAAACUUAUAAGUAUCUUUAUGGCAGACACAUGCAGGCGAAUCCUGAACCUCCAAAGAAGAACAAUGACAAGUCAAAGAAGAUCAGCCGUAAACCUCUGGCAGCCAAGAACAAAUAAGUGCCUGGCUUCUGCCUCUCAUUUUAUAUCUUUUACAUUGCUUUUCCAUGUGCCUAUAAUAUUCCUAUGCAUCUCCUGUUACUUAUAAGAAAGCAGGGACUAGAAAUAAUGCAAUUUACUAUGUAUACUGCUUUAGAAGGUACUGCUAAAGGGAUACAAAAUUACAUAUUCUUCUAAUUAUGGUCACAUUUAUGUAGCCACUUAAUACAUCACUGUGGAACAUAUUUUAGCUUUUCUAUUUAUAUGUAUAUUAAUGUCCUCUCUUCACACGUGUCACAUCCUGUUAAUAUCAGGUGUUUGCACCUAUAUUAUACAAUAUUAAAUUUCAUAUGAUAUUCCAAGGGAUUUUAAUAAAGUUCUUCA